AUGUCUGCCGACGCUGCCACCACCCCCGUCGCCGACAACGCUGUCAACGGCACUCCCGAGACCAGCACCACUCCUGCUGCGGCCCCCGAGGUCACCGCGGUUGAGAACUCCUCGGCCGCCCCCAGCACCUCUCAACCUCACUCGGCUUCCCUCUAUGUCGGUGAACUCGACCCCUCCGUGACCGAGGCCAUGCUCUACGAGCUUUUCUCCUCCAUUGGCCAGGUCGCUUCCAUCCGUGUCUGCCGUGACGCCGUCACCAGACGCUCUCUGGGAUAUGCCUACGUCAACUACAACAACACUGCCGACGGUGAGCGUGCUCUGGAGGACCUGAACUACACCCUCAUCAAGGGUAAGCCCUGCCGUAUCAUGUGGUCCCAGCGUGACCCCGCUCUGCGCAAGACUGGCCAGGGCAACGUCUUCAUCAAGAACCUGGACAACGCCAUCGACAACAAGGCCCUGCACGAUACUUUUGCUGCCUUUGGCAACAUUCUCAGCUGCAAGGUCGCUCAGGAUGAGUUCGGUAACUCCAAGGGCUACGGUUUCGUGCAUUACGAGACCGCCGAGGCUGCCAACAACGCCAUCAAGCACGUUAACGGCAUGCUUCUGAACGACAAGAAGGUCUUCGUCGGCCACCACAUCUCCAAGAAGGACCGCCAGAGCAAGUUCGAGGAGAUGAAGGCCAACUUCACCAACGUCUACAUCAAGAACGUUGACCCCGAGGUCACCGACGACGAGUUCCGCAAGCUCUUCGAGACUUUCGGUGAGAUCACCUCGGCCACCCUUAGCCGGGAUCAGGAGGGCAAGAGCCGUGGCUUCGGUUUCGUCAACUUCUCGACCCACGAAAGCGCGCAGGCCGCCGUCGAAGAGAUGAACGAUAAGGAUGUCCGCAGCCAGAAGCUCUACGUGGGCCGUGCCCAGAAGAAGCACGAGCGUGAGGAGGAGCUGCGUAAGCAGUACGAGGCCGCCCGUCUGGAGAAGGCUUCCAAGUACCAGGGUGUCAACCUGUACGUGAAGAACCUCACGGACGACGUUGACGACGAGAAGCUGCGCGAGCUUUUCGCUCCCUACGGCACCAUCACCUCCGCUAAGAUCAUGCGUGACACCAACCCCGAGCGCUCCUCUUCCCCCGAGUCCGAGAAGGAGAAGGAGAAGGACUCCAACAAGGAGAACGAGAAGACCGAGCCCGCCGAGGCUGAGAAGUCCGAGGAGAAGCCUAAGGAGUCCUCCGAGGAAAGCGACAAGGAGAAGAAGGCCGAGAAGGGCGACAAGAAGCUGCUUGGAAAGAGCAAGGGCUUCGGUUUCGUUUGCUUCAGCAGCCCCGACGAGGCCUCCAAGGCUGUUACCGAGAUGAACCAGCGCAUGGUCAACGGCAAGCCCCUCUACGUUGCUCUGGCCCAGCGCAAGGAUGUCCGCCGCAGCCAGCUCGAGGCCAGCAUCCAGGCUCGCAACACCAUCAGACAGCAGCAGGCUGCUGCUGCCGCCGGCAUGCCCCAGCCCUACAUGCAGCCCGCCGUUUUCUACGGUCCUGGACAGCAGGGCUUCAUCCCUGCCGGUGGUCAGCGCGGUGGUAUGGCUUUCCCUCCCCAGCCCGGUAUGGUGAUGGCCGGCAUCCCCGGUGGACGCCCCGGUCAGUACCCCGGUCCUUUCCCUGGCCAGCAGGGCGGACGCGGCAUGGGUCCCAACCAGCAGAUUCCCCCCAACUUCGCUCAGGGCAUUCCCAUGGGUAUGCAGGGCCCCGGUGGCCUGCCUAACGGCAUGGGUUACCCCCAGGCUAUGGCUCAGGUUCAGUUCGGACGUGGCGGUGGUGGUCGCGGCCAGGUCCCUGGAAUGCCCAACAUGGGCCAGGGCAUGCGCGGCCCCGGUUACGGCCAGGGUCGUGGCGGUGUGCCCAUCCAGCAGGGUCAGAUGGGUGGCCGCCCCGGCCAGGGUGGUCGCGGACAGAACGCUUCUCAGCCCGCCGCUGGUCGUGGCGAGGAAGCCGCCGCCGGUGGUGUCAACAGCCAGACCCUCUCCGCUGCUCCCCCUGCCCAACAGAAGCAGAUGCUUGGUGAGGCUCUCUACCCCAAGAUCCAGGCUCAGCAACCCGAGCUGGCUGGUAAGAUUACUGGUAUGCUUUUGGAGAUGGAUAACACUGAGCUUCUUAGCCUGCUUGAGGAUGAGGAGGCUCUGCGCGCCAAGGUCGACGAGGCCUUGAGCGUCUAUGACGAGUACAUGAAGAACAAGGGUGAGGGCGAGCAGACCGGCGAGGCCGCCAAGCCCAAGGAGGCCGCCAAGGAGACCUCGACCGAAGAAAACAAGUCGUAA